UUCAGUCUGAUAACUGUGGAUUGUCUUGUCUGACCUUGUGACCGACUGAGGAGACACCAGACGACACUGAAUCGCCAACAACUGCGUCCAUCAUGUCGCCGGCGACUUCUCCGGCCGCCGCGGUGGGUGCCAUAUCCGGCGGCCUACUCCCCCACACCGCAUAUAUCCGGCGACCCUUCCCCACCUCCCGCCUCCUUCCCCCGCGUUGGUCCAUCCUCCAGGUCAACGCGGCCCGUCGUCAUCGCCGCCCGGCCACGCCCGCGCGCGCCCAGAGCGCUCCCUCCCCAGGGUACCUGCCGGACUCGGAGUUCUACAAGAUCGAGGCCAUCCUGAGGCCGUGGAGGGUGCCGCAUGUCUCGUCGGGCUUGCUCGAAAUGGGGAUCAGAGGCGUGACGGUGUCCGAUGUGCGGGGUUAUGGCGCGCAGGGCGGGUCGACGGAGCGGUAUGAAGGGUCAGAAUUUUCAGAAGAUACAUUUAUUGCUAAAGUUAAAAUGGAAAUAGUUGUGUGCAAGGAGCAGGUGGAGCCAGUAAUUGACAAAAUAAUUGAAGAGGCCAGAACUGGAGAAAUUGGUGAUGGAAAGAUAUUCUUGAUACCCGUUGCGGACGUUGUAAGGAUACGCACCGGGGAACGUGGAGCGCAUGCGGAGAGGAUGAUUGGCGGUCUGUCAGACAAACUGCCCCCGGUGAUCACAAUCUCAUGAGUAGAAUUUGACUGCUCUUGCUGCCUCUAACUGUAAGUGCAUCAAUCGGUUGGUUGAUCGGUGGCCGUGUGUGGGGGAAUAAUGUGUAACUUUGUAUGUUGCGCGAAUAAAUCGGCGCAAGCGGGCAUGUGCUGAAUGUGGUUUGUAUGUAAGAAUUGGUUACUAUAAACUCCCUGUUGGUGAGAAGAUGAAAACCUGGAUAUAAUUUGUGGGA